AUGGUGACAGGUAUCAGUGAGGAUCGGAUUCGUCAUAUUUCCCUUGGAUUACCGAACACAAUCUGGGCAAGUGAUAAAAACAGAUUGGUCUUGGCAAGCACAACUCCCUUCAUGUUUACGAAACAUUGGCUGGCAGUAACAGAUAUUGGAACUGGUGUACAUACAGUGACCAAAGAAAAAGAACUUAUUUACAUAGAUAGAAAUGAUAAAAUCUGCAAACUUUCACAAGACAACACAACCGAAUCAACAAUAAUAAUAAAAUCAGAUCCAUGGAGGCCACUCUGUGUCUACAGCUCCACUUUAAAUGGAGAUCUAUUGGUUGGUUCUGGUAAAUAUGAGAAAGACUAUCAAACAGAAUCCAAAGUAAACCGACACUUUCCUUCGGAGGCCAGAGUAAACCGAUACGAUAGCAAAAUGUUACAAAUACAAACUAUCCAAUACAAAAGGCGUAAAAAGAAAAUGUAUAAUUGCCCUGCAUAUAUAACAGAAAACACUAACGGAGACGUUAUUGUGUCCGAUAAAAGAUCUUCACGUAAAGAAGAUAGUGGUGUUGUUGUCGUAACAGAUCGUCAGGGAAUCUUUCGGUUCUCCUACAACGGACCUCCAUUCGAUAGCCAACCAUUUUUUCCAUGUGGGAUUUGCACAGACGCACUAUCAAACAUCGUGGUGUCUGAUCACAACUCAGGCACCGUACAAUUGAUUGACAAAGAUGGACAUUUUCUGAUGCAUCUCUUGACUUUCCCAAACAUCUAUACACCAUGGAGUCUUGCCUAUGAUGACACAAACCACCUUUUAUUGGUUGAAUCAAGUAUGGCUGAAAUAUUUUUAUACAGAUACAUUAACAGGAAGAAUUACUAUUAA